UAGUGGUGCAAAUUUAUAGAUAAAAUCAUAGGACUUCUAUGUGAAGCAUAAUCAAUCAAUCAUUUACGUGCUGUGUCAGGUAUUCUUAGCUUAGCAGCGAGCUUAUCCAGUAGACUGAUGGGAAGUGUUCCAUUGGCCUCCGCUGCUGCUCUUGCCAGAAGGCUAGAAGGGAAGGUGGCACUGAUAACUGGUGGAGCAAGUGGUAUAGGUGAGUGCACAGCAAGACUUUUCUCCAAGCAUGGAGCCAAAGUGGUGAUUGCUGAUAUCCAAGACGAGUUAGGCCACUCAAUUUGCAAAGACUUGGAUUCAUCUUCAGCUACUUACAUUCAUUGUGAUGUCACAAAAGAAGAAAACAUCGAACACGCCGUGAACACGACCGUUUCCAAGUACGGUAAACUAGACAUCAUGCACAGCAGCGCAGGUAUAGUUGGCGCAUGGAACCCCAGCAUAUUGCACAACAAGAAGUCUCACUUUGAGCAAGUUAUCAGUGUCAACCUGGUGGGCACAUUCCUGGGAAUCAAGCACGCCGCGAGGGUGAUGAUCCCUUCUGGGCGUGGCAGCAUAGUUGCAAUGGCUAGCAUUUGUGGAAGAAUAGGUGGCGUGGCUUCGCAUGCCUAUACGAGCUCGAAGCACGGCAUCGUGGGACUGGUGCGAAACACUGCCGUGGAGCUUGGAACCUUAGGGAUCAGAGUGAAUAGUGUGUCUCCUUAUGCGGUCCCUACGCCCAUGAGUAAAACUUUCCUCAACACUGAUGAUGAGGGGAUUGCUGCACUGUAUUCCAAUCUUAAAGGGACUGUUCUUAAGCCCCAGGAUGUGGCUGAAGCUGUUCUUUACUUGGGAAGUGACGAGUCCAAGUAUGUUAGUGGCCAUGACCUUGUUGUAGAUGGGGGUUUCACUGUCGUAAACCCUGGUUUGUGUGUGUUUGGGCAAUCCGUGUAGGUUUUUAAUUUGUACUUUAAGUCGUUUCAAGUGUUUUGAAUUACAUCAGCCAAAUAAUGACCAAAUAAUAAAACUUUUGAUAUAUUGUUUGGACCUGUUA